UACCUGCAGGGCGGUGGCCAAGAUUGGUGUUUAACUUUGGCUUCUUUGUGCCUCUCAAGUUGGCACAAAGACAAGGAAACAAGCUGUGUUUGCUCCAUAUGCCGUGAUAGAGGGACUAAGGGUAUAGGGGAUUUAAAAAGUUGUCCCCUGUCCAGUGCUGUUGGGUUGAAAAGUGCAGCUGGCGGUAAAAAGGCAACAUUCUGGUUUUCACUUUGGAUGCAAACAGCUGCAACACACACAGGACGAGCGUCUCCCUUCCAUGCACCCUAGUCAGUGGAUCUCUCUGAAGCUUGGGAAGACUAACGUGUUCUAUUCACAGGCAGGUAUGGACCUAAGUAAUUCUCAGGAACAGCCCAUGGCUGCAGAAGGACAGGAGGUUUUGACAGACUGUAAUCUGAACAAAUCCCAGGAAAUGGAAAGUAUGGAUAAUGCGGAAGAUAUGAAGGAACACAAUCAGUCUAAUGAAGAAGCAGGAGAUGAUGUGGUUAAAGUGAAAGGUGAAUACAGUGAAAGAGAGGAGAGUGCUUUAAAUUCAGAGCCUAUGGAAAACCCAGAAGAAUCUGAAAUGCCUUAUACCUAUCCCAGAGAAUAUAACGAAUAUGAAAGCAUUAAACUGGAAAGACACUCUGGUUCAUAUGACAACGUCAGGCCAGCUAGUGGAAAAAUGAAUUGUGAUAUCUGUGGAUUAGCCUGCAUUAGCCUCAAUGUCUUGAUGGUUCAUAAGCGUAGCCACACUGGUGAACGGCCAUUCCAGUGUAAUCAGUGCGGAGCUUCCUUUACUCAGAAGGGUAACCUCCUCCGCCACAUUAAACUACAUACAGGGGAAAAACCUUUUAAAUGUCAUCUUUGCAGUUAUGCCUGCCAAAGGAGGGAUGCGCUAACAGGUCACUUAAGGACACAUUCUGUGGAGAAGCCGUACAAAUGUGAGUUUUGCGGAAGGAGCUACAAGCAGAGAAGCUCAUUAGAGGAGCACAAGGAGCGGUGCCGUACUUAUUUGCAGAAUGCUGGCAUGUGCGAGGCUGCAAGCGUGGAGGCAAGGCACAUCAAGGCAGAGAUGGGGAGUGAAAGAGCCCUUGUGCUGGACAGGCUAGCAAGCAACGUGGCAAAGCGAAAAAGCUCAAUGCCUCAGAAAUUUAUUGGUGAGAAACGACAUAGUUUUGAUGUUAAUUAUAAUUCAAGUUUCAUGUACGAAAAGGAAAGCGACAUAAUGCAAGGACGCAUGAUGGACCAGGCCAUAAACAAUGCCAUCACCUACCUUGGGGCUGAAGCCCUGCGCCCUCUCGUGCAGACCCCACCAGCUCCCACCUCCGAAAUGGUCCCUGUCAUAAGCAGUCUGUACCCCAUUCCGCUGACCCGCCCCGACCUGCCGAACGGCAGCUCGCAGGAUGCGGAGAAGAGCCAUGGCCACCUCAGGGACAAAAGCCUGUCCUCCGACAGAGGUCUUUCCCCAAACAACAGUGGCCAAGACUCCACAGACACUGACAGCAACCACGAGGAGCGGCAGAAUCCCACCUUCCAUCAGAGCCAGGUGAUCCCCGCUCAGGCCCGCAACGGCCUCCAGUCCUUGAAGGAUUUCCCAAGGCCAUAUGACAUAAUCAAGCCACCCGCCAUAUGCCCCCGCGAUGCCUUUAAGGUCAUCAACAAGGAAGGGGAAGCCAUCGGGGUCUACCGGUGCGACCAUUGCCGCGUGCUCUUUUUGGAUUACGUGAUGUUCACCAUCCACAUGGGCUGCCACGGGUUCCGCGAUCCCUUUGAGUGCAACGUCUGCGGGUACAGAAGCCACGACCGAUACGAGUUCUCCUCGCACAUAGCACGAGGAGAGCACAGAGUAGUACUCAAAUAAAAGGACUGGUUUUCCAAGGUCAAAGGCUUUGGUUUAGAUCGGAGGGGAGGCUUGCUUGUUUGUUUGUUAAUUAGUAUAAAGAAAUUUCUUGAAUAUUUUUCUAUGCCAGGUUUUAAAAUAAGUUUCACAGGAAGGUGACACCUUUUUAAAUUUUUUUUACAAAUAAUUCAGUGUUCUGUAGCAUCUGUGCCUAGCUGCUGUGGUGAGCGGUACCUGUACAGAAUACCAGGAGCAGAGACCCGAUUUUUAUAUGAACUUUAUUUUUGUGAAAAUUAAGAGCCAUUUAGGAUGUUUUUAUUUUUUAACGUGUGUUUGUUUUUUAUAAUGUGUGCUUUAACUCAGCGCAAAAGGUUUUUAUGCUGUGCUGCCGGGUUCCCUGCUUGGUCAGAUGUAGAGUCAGAAGCGCGUAGGAGGAGCUUUCUCGAGCUGUUACAAUCCCAAUCGUCUUCAAACGGCUGAUCACCGAAACAAGGAAAACACGCGUCUGGGAGGGAUUAUUAAUUCCUCUUUAAAGGUUUUCCCCUAAAUAUUACAGAGCAUGUGGCCCAACCACACUUUCAUUUUUCUUACCCCUCUGUUCGCUUUCUUUAAAGUCACUCCCACAUGCAUCUUACUCGGUAAUAGCAAAAUAAGAAAUGAGCCCUAUUUUGGGGCUGGGGUUUUUUAACAGUACGCAUUUUUGGGAUACCCCGUGAGAUCACUGCUUGGCUCAUCCAUGCAGUCUGGGGGAAAUCCAGCUUUUCACUGAUGGAAAGUCCUCCUUUCUGACGGACGACAAGAAGGAGGACAAAACUGUGCUGGGCGUUGUGCCCCCGCCCUGCUCCUGCUCAGCCCCUGCGGCAGAAGCGGUGGCCGUGCCAUCCAGUGGGUGGCCAGCCCUGGCACGCAGCGUCCCUGCGGAGGGCGGGCGGCGUUGGGCACGGAGCGGGAGUCACCCCGUCCUGGCAGCAGACAGCGUGAGAAUCUGCAUACAGGAGUGUGUGGGAGCUGACGGCUCAAUCACGCUGUCUGGUUUUACGUGGGGAUAUCCCUCGGAGUGAAAUGUGCUGUUUUGCAAAAUGAGUAUUUACCAUUACUUUGAAGCUGGUUUUUAAAAUAGUUCUUUUAAUCUAAUCAUUGCUCUGCAGCUGUAUUAUUAGUCACUGUGCUGAAGAUAUGAAUUUGAUAACAGUUUUGCUGAGUGAAUGUUUAUUCUUUGCAAAGUAUUUUUGUAUAAUGUAGAGUUAAGUGUGUUCUGAUGGACUUUUUGCAUCCAUUGUAUGGUUUGAUAUCUCUGUUGCUUUUGUACUUUUUCAAUGCUGCCGUGCCACUAUCCGUGAGCAUCCAUCCGUUUCCGUGAGGGAAGGCCGGGGCACAGAGACACAGGGGGUGUGCUGAGGGUUCAGAAAUACUGAAUUUCAUUCCUCCCUCUGACCUGGGCUUGCUCUUUUGGCUCAAAUACUUUCUCCCUCCCUGAAUUUUAUGGUACAAAAAAGAAAAUGGUAUUCAUUUUUCCCCGAUAAGGGUACAUCUGAAGGAGGAUAAAUUAGUCUGUGGAGUGCUCGAGUAUCUAAAGUGCUGUAGAAGUGCUAGAUCCUGCUGAUCCUUGGGGGGAAGGAGAACUCCUUUGCUACCUUGUGUGACGUUACGUGUGUGGUUAUAAAAUAAGUUUUUUCCAAUAGCCAGUUUCCCCACCGGGAAGAACACACAGUGAGCGGGUGGAUGUUGGUUCUUCCCUGACGAAUACCCGUUGUCAUGGCGUGACCAACGAUCCUUCUGCUGGUGAUGCUGCGGUUCCACCAAGGGCUUAACCCGGUUGGCCGAGGGCUUCCUGGCCUUGGGGAGGCUUCAGCCGAUUCCCUGCCUCGGUUACCGUAAAUCCUUCGGUAACUCCAUCUCUCCCGCUGCCUUCUCCUGGGGGAGAACUCGCCUGAGUUACACGCACAUCGUGGCUGAUGAAAACGCUCCUCAUGCUUCGCCAGAAAUGAAUAAGGUUGCGCACAGUAAAACGUAACUUGUUGUUUGCACAGGAAGCUCCCCAGAUUGCCGAAUGUGUGUCAGGCAGCACUGCCGGUGCCUUUCUCACGCCGCGACCCGAUCCUUGAAAGCACUCUUCAGAUUACUGUCCCUCUGCACUUCCCGCCAGGCAGGGCUUCAGCCGUCUACCCCUGCUGCACAGGCGAGGUGAGCAAUCACCCGCUGCGCCUCUGAGCAACACUGCCCGGUUUUUGGAAGGAAGGAGGGAGGUUUUUGCAGUGUCUGGCCCAGACAGCACCGUUUUCCCACCGCUGCUCGGGCAGAGCCCGGAUUUCAAGAUGGGCUGAACCAAAAGAAGCUCCCUGCUCUGUCUGGAGUUGAGGAGCGAUCACCUCGUUACAGCACUGCUGUUGAAAAAUCACAUGUUAUGGAAUUUCAACCCAGUCAUUUAUUAAAAAAAA